UGGGGAUCGGAAACUGAGGGGGGACAGGGCAUCGCCAUCACUCAAGGAUAGGGCACUGGGAGCUAGGGUCAGGCAGUGUCACCAGGGGUUGUGCUGUGGCAGCGCGCUGGUUUACAGUGUCAUUUCGCUCUUGCUGAUUUGGACAUAAAGCUCGAAUAAAGUAUGAAGCUCUUAAAAUGCAAUUCCAAAAGUACUUGUUGGAGUGCAAUAUUCUCUACGUACUGUCUGAUUGGUGCUGCAUUAUUUAUUGAAAAUAUUGCUGCUCUAGGAAUUCAACCAGUAGCUCAACCAUACAAUAGUCUAGAAGAAGGUCUGGAUAAUACUGCCUACUGGUGGGGUGAAUGGGCUAAAUGGACAGGAUGCACUCGGACCUGUGGGGGAGGCAUCAAGACACAAGAAAGGCACUGUUUGAAGCAAAGCAGAAGGAUAGCAGUGAUGACAACUGAUAACCAGACCUGUACAGGCACUUCUAAAAGAUAUCAGCUGUGCAACCUGCAGGACUGCCCAGCUAAUGGGAGGAGCUUCCGUGAUGAGCAGUGCUCUUCUUUUAACUCUCGUACUUAUAAUGGAAGAACUUACAAAUGGAAGCCAUUGUAUCCAGAUGAUUAUGUGCAUAUUUCGAGCAAGCCUUGUGAUCUUCAGUGUACUACAGCAGAUGGACAGAGGCAACUGAUGGUCCCAGCACGGGAUGGAACAUCUUGUAAAUACGGGGAAUACAGAGGAGUCUGUAUAGCUGGAGGGUGUGAGCCUAUUGGAUGUGAUGGAGUACUUUUUUCCACCUUAACCCUAGACAAAUGUGGUAUUUGCCAGGGCAAUGGAAGCAGCUGCAUACGAGUUACUGGCAACUAUAGGAAAGGAGGAUCUCACAUGGGUUACUCCCUUAUAACACAUAUCCCAAUCGGUGCAACAGACAUACAGAUAAUUGAAAGAAAGAAAUCAGAUGAUGUUCUAGCUGUUGCUGAUGAGUUUGGAAACUUCUUCGUGAAUGGUGGUCUAAAAGUAGAAGGUCCAAGAAACAUCCAACUUGCAGGCACAAUUUUUAAAUACAGAAGGCCAAUGGAUGUUUAUGAAACUGGUCUUGAAUAUAUUGUGGCUCAAGGACCGACCAAUCUGGGAGUUAAUAUUCUGUUGUUAAUUCAAAGUGGCAAGAAUCCUUACAUUACUUAUGAGUACACAAUACCACGGAUUGUACACUUCAAGCGUCUACGACCUUCCUUUGAUUCAUAUUAUGUACCUGGAUCGGAUUCUCAAGGCAGAGAAAAUGAUGAACAGACUUACUCAGACAGAGAUGAGCAUGUGGAUAUUCUUUAUACCAAUGCAAGUUACAGUGAGAAGCUAUCGAAAGAAGUUACUAGAACACAAAACCAGAUGUUAAGAACAGGGCAAAAUCUACCUGAAUAUGAUAUGACCAACACCAUCUAUAAUAGGGAAGGUUCGAACCCUGAGUUGGAAGAUAUUAAAAAUAACACUCAACCUAACAGUGUUGAAGACAUUGAAAAUACAGCAAUAGACUUUGUCUCAAAGUUGACCCCACAAGGGUAUAUAUACAUGUCAGAGAUUCAGUUGACAGAUAGACUUGCUAAUGGACGUACUUCUGAUACAAUGGGGCAAACUGAAAGUGGUGCAAAUGUGACUGAAAUCACAGAAGGAAUCCUACUUUAUGCUGCAGAAUCUACUGCCGCCAGUUUACGGAUUAAUUAUGACAAAAAUGAAAACCUGGGGAGCCAGAGAAUUAAUGAUACUUUUUUGGAACUGACUUUUGGCAAAGGUUUUAACACAUCUGCAGAGAUUCCCUUCUCCAAUGAAACACUUAUGCACAUUAUUCAACAAGCAAACCGAACACAGAAAUUACGAAACAGACUCAAGCAGCUAAGAAAGGGCUUGGGAGUGAGCCCUGCAGACAUGUACCGAUGGAAGUUGUCAUCUCAUGAACCUUGCAGUUCUACUUGUACAACAGGAGUCACCACUUCAUUUGCAGUGUGCAUUCGUUACGAUGGUGUUGAGGUUGAAGAUUCAUUCUGUGAUUCUGCAACUCGACCGGAGCCAAUUCAUGAGUUUUGUGUAGGAAGGGAAUGUCAACCAAGAUGGGAGACAAGUAGUUGGAGUGAAUGUUCACGAACCUGUGGAGAAGGAUACCAAUUUCGAAUAGUCCGUUGCUGGAAGAUUAUUUCUGCAGGAUUUGACAGCUCAGUGUACAAUGAAAUGUGUGAAUCUGCUGAUCUCUUCAGGCCGUCAGAACGUAAAAUCUGCAAAAAUCCAGCUUGUGGCCCGCAGUGGGAGAUGUCAGAAUGGUCGGAGUGUACAGCAAAGUGUGCAGAACGGAUUGCUGUGACCAGAGAAGUGAGAUGUUCAAAUGAAGAAUGGUUGUGUGAUGAAAAAACAAAGCCACCAGCACAGAAAGAAUGUGUUGGACCCCCUUGUGAUCGACAGUGGACUGUUUCAGAUUGGGGCCCAUGCUCUGGUCCUUGUGGGCAGGGAAGAAUGAUAAGACAUGUGUACUGCAGAAACACAGAAGGCAGAGUCAUGCCUGAAUCUCAGUGCAGCCCUCAGUUAAAACCACAUGCAAUACAUCCCUGUGGAGCCAAAGAUUGCUCUCCGCAUUGGCUGGCCCAGGAUUGGGAACGGUGUAACACAACAUGUGGCCGAGGGACAAAAAAGAGAGUUGUUUUGUGUGUGGGAAUUGUGAAUGGAAAAGUUACAACUUUCAAUUCUGAGGAAUGUGAUCCAGCUCAGAAGUUAGUUGAAGAAACAACGUGCUUUGAGCGGCCAUGUUUCAAAUGGUUUACAACUUCAUGGUCUGAGUGCACUAAAACCUGCGGUGUUGGAAUUAGAAUGCGUGAUGUAAAAUGUUAUCAGGGAAAAGAAAUUGUCCGAGGAUGUGAUCCUCUUUUGAAACCAGUUGCACAACAAAGCUGUGAUCUCCAGCCCUGUCCUACCCAGCCCCCAGAUGACAGUUGUCAAGAUCAACUUGGGACUAACUGUGUGCUGGCAAUAAAAGUCAAUCUGUGCUCUCACUGGUAUUACAGUAAGGCAUGCUGCAGGUCUUGUAGAACUGCUAAUUCAUAGUACAGACGCCAGAAUAAUUGUAUCUUUCAACAUGUGAACAAAAGAAUGAUGUGUCUGGUGAAAUUAGUUAUAUUACAAGGAUUUAGUGUUCUUUUUCUAUCAGGAGCCCUUACUUGAUUAUUGCAAUGCCAUCAAGCUGCACAAGAACUCUGUGAAACUGUCAGGUUUCCUGGAUACAUAAAGCAGGUAGUCCCCAAAGUCCACACCACCAUAUAUAUCUACGUAUCAGUAAAAUGAUAAAGCUAGCAUUAUCCAUUCACAGUAUCUUAUAAAUUAUUAUAAUACAAAGCCAUUCCAACUCGUGCUAUUGAACACCAAGACAUGGUUGUGGAACAAUGGUAUUAGCUCUGCAAGUUAUCAUGCAAGAUGAGCUAGCACAAUGAUAAUUCCUUAUUAAUUUAAUGUGAUUCUGUAUUACAUGCUAAAUGAUAGAAUAGAUAAUGUUUUAACCUUGAUAUUUUCAUACAGUAUGUGUCUUUAAUACGCUGAUUACAAAUAUUUUUCACAUAGUAAUGGAGCAUAGCUCCCAAAAGGACAGACAAGGCAUCCAGUAUCAGAGGUGCCGAUCAAUAAAGUACUCCUAUCCUCAAUGCAUUGCCUUUGCCUCAGUCAGUUCAGCCCCUCAGCUUUUGUCAACUUUUCCCUAUACCACCUGUAACAUUCAGUCUUUGGGAUUACUGUUAAUUCAAUACUUAGGUUUCUGCUUCUUUCUGGAAUCCUUUUUGUAUCCACUGUUGUCAGUGAGUUUUAGAUUCGAGGCAGUACCAUAAAUAUCUGUGUUGUAGCAGCACUUAACAUUGCAGCAACUCGUGAAACUGCUGAUGCUGUUCUCAGAACUCUCACCCCUGAUAUUGUAUAACUUUCAAUCAAAAAUAGAAUGAACUUGUUUGUCCAGCUACCACACCUGUUUUACGAUCUUUAGUAAUAAUAUUUACGUUGGCACGUGGCCAAGUGGUUAAGGCGUUGGUCUAGUGAUUUGAAGGUCGCUAGUUUGAGCCUCAGCUGAGGCAGCGUGUGUGUCCUUGAGCAAGGCACUUAACCACACAUUGCUCUGCGACGACACCAGUGCCAAGCUGUAUCGGCCUUAGUGCCCUUCCCUUGGACAACAUCGGUGGCAUGGAGAGGGGAGACUUGUAGCAUGGGCAACUGCCUGUCUUCCAUACAACCUUGCCCAGGCCUGCGCCCUGGAAACCUUCCAAGGCGCAAAUCCAUGGUCUCACGAGACUAACGGAUACCUAUUUAUUUAGUUCCUCUUACUUUUCACAGAUGAAAUGUUCUAAAACCUACAAACUACUUUUUAUAAGGAACCCAGUAUAACUGCCAGGUACAGAUUGUCAUGUGAGGUAUAGAUUAUGGCAGUAAAAAUCAUCUAGAAAAUAUUUUGCUGUCAACAUGCAUGCAAAAGUAAAUAUUCCAAGGUGUCCCCUUCCUCCUUGUGAUUAUAGGUAACAAAAUAUAUCUUGAUUUAUCACCUGAAAGUUCCCAGUUGUUUCAUUUUCAUUUUCUUAUUACUGAUAUUGUGCAGACAUCUUUUUAUAAAGAAAAUAAUAUUCUUUUACUGUUUUAACUCGUAUUCCUGUGCCAGAAAACCCAGGCUGACUGUUGCAAGUAUGCUUAUAUUUAAUAACUUGUAAUCUGUAAUUUUAUAAUUAUUAUUAAUGACGAAGUGAUUUCCUUUUUUCCCAGAUGCAUUUUAUGAAUCAGAGACACUGUUAAAGACUUAAGUUUUAACCCAGUGCAAAAUAUUUAUCCGGGCCACUUGGAGUUAGGGAAACUGGAAAAAAGAAAAUUGCGAUAUUGUAUGUACAGUGUAUAUAUUUUAAAACCAGUACAUCAUGAAAUGUAAUAAUAAAAUAAAAUGUUUUGUCUAUUAAGUGUUUUAUCAUUCAUUUCCUACAAUUUCUAUUAUAAUUCAGAGAUGAGGUAUGGAUAUCUCUCUGUUUUGAACUGAUUUAACAGUAUCCAGAAACAGAUAUAUAAUAUCCACUAAAAGUCACCUAUCCCUGAGAUAGAAUCACAGUCUUUGAAUUUAUGAAGAUUCCUGGAAAUCUGAAAAUUGGGCCAGGAAUUGGUAAAUAGUCCAAUUGGAUUGAAAUAAUGUUUGGCCUGCAUACAUUUUGAACAGAAGUCACAUUCAAAUCCAGCCAAAGAAACAUG